AUGAUAAAUUUUCAUUUUUCUUUUAGUAAAUUUUUAAUUUAUUCUUCAGGAUUAAUUUUUUUCUUUUCUCUCAUAUACUUUUUCAUCUUCGAAAGUUUAUAUUUAUCACCUACGAGUCAAGAGUUGUUUUCUUCUUCCUUUCUUCUUGUUUUUUUUUUUUUCAUUUUGCUUACAUUUGUUCAUUUUUUUUUUAUUAUUUCACACGUGGUAUACAUCACAACCAUGAUAGCCUUUCCCCUUUCAUCAAAGAUGAUCAGGUAUGCACUCAUAACUUUAUUGCUGUUAACGUUCAUAAACAUUUUCGUGGCCCUACAACGAUCUCCAUCAGAUGCCAUCUUUUCUUCAAGAAAUAUCAUGAACAAAGUUUCCGAUAUAAAACAAGCUUUGACUAUGAAGCAAUCUGUAUUGACAGACGAAGAUAAUGAAGUGUAUUCACUCGUUGGUUAUCACCAGGAUCUCGAUACAAAUCUAGUUGUUGUGCAAAAAAAUUAUCUAAAUGAUAAGUUUGUGGCCUCCGAUAGGGUUGGUCAUUUCUGGAAUUUUUUACAAACUUCUAAUUUUGAUAGAGAUUCAAAUUAUGAUUUGAAAUUGAUUAAUGGGUAUAAUUACAAGAAAAUGAUCAAGAGCUUGAAUGAAGAAACAGAAUUACAAUUGACAAACUCUUUUGUCGACCAAUACAGGAUGGAGAAUAAAUUUGUUGAAGCAUUCAAACAAUUUUUCACAGAUUUGUUUAAAACUAUUGAAGAUUGUAAACCAGACAUAGGAUCCAUCAACAAUGAACAGCAUUACCCCAAUUCCGACAAAUUAGUGAAGUACUACCAAUUGGUAAAUAAGUUACUGGAUGAAGAUAUGAAAAAGAUAAAUGUCGAUAGAUUACUUACUCGCAAAGGUAAAAUUCCACUAUAUGGUGGGCACUUGCGUGAACAGUACACCGAUGAAUUGAUAAGAAAUAAGGAAUUAUUGUCCAUGUAUUUGACAUUGAGUGAUGCAGAAGUGACAUCAUUAAAGAACUCACACAAGAAGUUUUUGAAGAAGAUGAUGCAAGAUUGGCCAGAAGACUUGUUCAAAUUUAAUAAGUUUAAUAAAUUCAUGAAAGGAGAUGGUAUAGUUUAUUUGGGAGGUGGGAAAUACGACCAGUUGGCAUUUUUAUCCAUCAAGAUGCUUCGAGAUAAUGGAUCUAGAUUACCAGUAGAAGUUAUUGUUCCGUACGCCAAAGAGUAUGAUGUACAAUUUUGUGAUAGAGUAUUACCUACAUUAAAUGGUAGAUGUAAGUUGAUGACUGAUUAUUUGCCAAAAUCUUACAUUGAUCAGAUCAAAGGGUUUCAAUUGAAGAAUAUUGCCAUUUUGAUAUCUUCUUUCAAAAGAAUAUUGUAUCUUGAUGCAGAUAAUAUCCCAAUAAAGAACCCAGAUGCAUUUUUCACAAAUAAACCAUUUACUGAUAAGCAUCUUGUUUUAUGGCCAGAUUUAUGGAGAAGAUCUACUUCUCCAGAUUUUUAUAAAAUUGCCGAUAUUGACGUAGACAGUGGUUUUAAAAUGAGAAAUUCAUACAUUCAAGGUGAUCCAAGAGGUAAAAGGACAGACCCUGUAUUUUAUUCGUUCCAUGAUUGUAAAGGAACCAUUCCUGAAGCAAGUUCUGAAACUGGUCAAAUAUUAAUCAACAAAAGUAUCCAUUUCAAGACUUUGGUGUUAUCAAUGUAUUACAACUUUUAUGGACCAGACUUUUUCUACCCAUUACUAAGCCAAGGAGCUGCUGGUGAAGGUGACAAAGAAACAUUUAUUGCUGCAGCACAUAAGUUGAACUUACCUUAUUACCAGGUGACGGAAUUCCCUAGAGAGUUUGGUCCUGUGAAUGACCAUACAAAGAAACAUGAGAUCUUUGCCAUGGGACAGUAUGAUCCAAUCAUAGAUUACUACAUGUCAACCAAGAGUGACGGAGGUGUUGAUUAUGAUUCAACAUUGCCUGAAAAUUACGCCAAGAGUGACCAAGACGAUACCUAUUCAAACUAUGAUUUUCAUUUGCACAGAUCGUCAUCUUUAUUCUUCUUGCAUGCCAACUGGCCCAAAUAUUAUUUGGAAAGAUUAUUUUUGCACAAUUAUUUUGAAAACAGAGGUCCAGUUACGAAUCAUGGAGAUAGAAGAAGAAUGUAUGGUAGUGAGCUAAAGAAAGAGUUGGGUGGAUAUGACUUUGAGUCGAAGAUCAUGAAACAGUUGCUUUGGUGUUAUUGUGAAGAGCCAAUGAUCGAUAUGACUGGAGUACCAGAAACGGGAAGCAGCAAGAGAAAGGACGUGUGUCGGGCAAUCACACAUCAUAUGGACUUUUUGAAAACAGGAUAG